CUGCAGCAGAUUUGGGUUAACUGAGUUGGCUUUUUUUCUCCAGAGCACAGCUCAGUGAGUUUGGACCCUGGAACCAUGAGUGGCUGUCCCUUCAUGGGGAACAAAUACUUAUAUAAAUUUGGGAACCUAUCUUUGAAAGAUAAGAAAGGUGAUGAAUCACAAGAGGGAAUAAAUAAAGCCAGCAGAGGUGGACUUAUCUAUGGAGAUUACCUACAAUUGAACAAAAUACUGAAUGCCCAAGAGCUACAGAGUGAAAAGAAAGGAAACAAAAUCCACGAUGAGCAUCUUUUUAUUGUGACGCAUCAAGCUUAUGAACUUUGGUUUAAGCAGAUUCUGUGGGAGUUGGACUCUGUUCGGGUGAUCUUUCAGAAUGGACAUGUACGAGAUGAGAGGAAUAUGCUGAAGGUUAUUACUCGAAUGAACAGAACUUCAAUGAUUCUGAAAUUACUUGUGGAACAGUUCUCAGUUUUGGAAACCAUGACUGCAUUGGACUUCUUUGAUUUCAGAGACUACUUAAGCCCGGCCUCAGGUUUUCAGAGCCUGCAAUUUCGUUUGCUAGAGAACAAGAUUGGUGUUCCCCAAAGCCUCAGGGUCCCCUAUAACAGAAGGCAUUAUCGUGAUAACUUCAAGGGAGAGGAUUAUGAACUACUGCUGAAAUCAGAGCAAGAACCAACGCUUCUGCAACUUGUGGAGGCAUGGCUGGAAAGAACUCCAGGACUUGAGGCAGAAGGAUUUGAUUUCUGGGGCCAAUUUGAAGUGAAUAUUUUAAAAGGACUAGAAGAGGAAUUUGCCAUACUACAGGCCAAACCAGAAUCAGAAGAAAAAGAGGACUUGUUAUCUGAAUUUCAAAAGCAGAAAGAUAUAUUACUUUCAUUAUUUGAUGAAAAACGGCAUGAACACCUGCUUAGUAAAGGAGAAAGAAGACUGUCUUAUAAAGCUCUGAAGGGUGCCCUAAUGAUCUACUUCUACAGAGAGGAGCCCCGUUUUCAGGUUCCAUUUCAGCUUCUCACCUCUCUUAUGGAUAUUGACAUACUCAUGACAAAAUGGAGAUAUAACCAUGUCUGCAUGGUGCACAAAAUGAUUGGCAGUAAGGCUGGCACAGGAGGAUCAUCAGGCUAUCAGUACUUGCGCUCAACAGUGAGUGACAGGUACAAGGUGUUUGUGGAUUUGUUCAAUCUCUCAACGUUUCUAGUGCCAAGACACUGGAUACCAAAGAUGAAUCCAACUAUUCAUAAAUUCCUUUAUACAGCAGAAUACUGUGACAGCUCCUAUUUUAGCAGUGAUGACUCUGACUGA